AUGGGACUCCAUUCAACAGGUAAGUCAUCAUUGAUCAAUUAUUUCUUUGGAACCCCUAUCCAAAAGGUUGCAUUAUCGCGUGCAACUGAUAAAAUCACAAUUAUCAAGAGUGGUAAAGAAACAGAUACGUUCACUUUGUCUACAUUCAAGCAGAAAUUGCCUUUUAUUGAGCAAUGCCCUCUUUUAAAUCAUCAUAAAUACGAUGUCGAAAUUAAAACUGUCAAUUGCACAUUACCAAGAACAGACUCUGUUAUUUUUAUAGAUACGCCUGGAUACUCACCAGAAACGCCAAUACAAACGGAUUAUAUUGUUGAAUUGGCAAGAAUAUCUGAUUUGAUUUACGUGAUGAUCGAUCCUAUCCAAACAUUCGAGCUUAAAAAGUUUAGUAGCGCUAUACAACAAUUAUACAAGCAAAACCACUACAAGAUGAAAUUUUUCAUAAAUAAGGCAGAUACAACUCACGACAUUUCAGAUUUGAACCUUAUAGCAUCAGAUAAGACUAACGAACUUAUUAAGAUCAUACCGAAGAGCAGCGAGAUCGCAGAUCCUGUCCUUCAUCCAAUUCAAGCAAAUUCGCCAAAUAUCGAAAAUCCAGGCGAUUACCAGAAACCAUUUAUCGACCCUGUCAGAGAGAAAGUGGACAUUAUGGUCCAGAACUGCAUAGAUAAACUUGAAGAAGAUAAUUCUAAUAUUUCAUACAAAGUUGAGACAUUUUUAGCUUCUGCAAAGAGGAGAAGACAAUUACCUUUAUAUACUUUUAGUAUUCUACUCGGUCUCUCUGUUUAUGUUUAUCUGGCGUUGACUUCUGAUAAAGUUUACUACCAAUUCUGGCUGAACUAUGCAUUUAUCGCAUCAUUUGUCCUGUUUAUCAUAUCAUUACUACAAAUGCCAAAGAGAAAGAACAUUUCCCUCGCAACUGACUAUCAUCGAACAAUUUACGGGGAAAUCAAAGAUUACAUCCAUGCAGUUAGAAACGAUCUUAUCCAAAAUGAUAGUAAUGAAUAA